ACUCGUUUGUAUUUGAAAAAGAUGCGUUUCCCUUUAAAUGUCGCAGCUGAGCGCAACCAGGAAGCAGCGCAGCGAUCCGAGCCCGAUCGUCCAUCAUCAACAGGCUUGUUUAUGUCCUGCUCUCUCUUGUCCUCUGCACUGCUGGCUCGGUUUUUCUUUUAGUUUUUAAUAAGUGAAGUGAAAGUAAAGGGGUUCGGUUUGGCUGCGUGAACUCUGCGGAAGCAUGGCGGACGGUCCAGCCGCUGAUGUUGACGAGUCGCCCAGUAUCAUUUUCCCCCCGCUCAUCACUGUGUCCGACCUGCCCAGCACUGCUGCAGGUCGUAACCUGAAGGAAUGGCUCCAGGAGCAGUUCUGUGACAAACCACUAGAUCAGGAUGACAUGCGGCUCCACAACGCUGCUUACGUGGGCGACCUGGACACCCUGAGGAACCUGCUGCAGGAAGAUGACUUCAGACGGCGUAUUAAUGAGAAGUCGGUGUGGUGCUGCGGUUGUCUGCCCUGUACGCCCCUGCGGAUCGCAGCGACAGCCGGACACGCUGCCUGCGUGGCCUACCUGAUCGCACAGGGAGCCGAAGUGGACCUGGUCGAUGUCAAAGGUCAGACGGCGCUCUACGUAGCGGUGGUUAACGGUCACCUGGACUGCGUUCGGAUCCUCCUGGAAGCCGGCGCCGAUCCUAACGGGAGCCGCCACCACCGCAGCACCCCGCUGUACCACGCGGCGCGGGUCGGGAGGGUUGACAUCCUGCAGGAGCUCAUCAGAUUCAAUGCCGAUGUUGACAUGGACCACCAGCUGGGUCCCCGGCUCCUCCUCAGUGCUCGAACCCUUAGCACCCUGGUGGUGUGUCCUCUCUACAUCAGCGCUGCCUACCAUCAUCUCGAAUCUUUCCGUUUGCUGCUCCAAGCCGGCGCGCAGCCCGACUUCAACUACACGGGGCCCGUCUGCCAAGAGGCCCUGACUCGGGGCCUCGCCUCCUGCCUGCUCGACGCAGUGCUGCGACAUGGAUGCGAGGUGAGCUUCGUCCACCUGCUGCUGGACCAUGGCGCAGACCCAGCGCUGGUCCCAUGGGAGCAGGUGGCACUGGAGGCACCAAACCGAAGGAAGGUGGAUCCGGAGGCACUCAGGGUGUUCCUGGAAGCAAAGAAAAACCCUCAUAGGCUCACACAUCUGUGUCGCAUCCGGAUCCGCAGAACGAUGGGCAAAAGUCGUCUGAACCACAUAGCUUCGUUACCACUACCAGAACCCAUCAAGAACUUCCUGCUGCACCGAAACUGACGUUUGUUCAUCGUAACCCAUGCGGGUAAAAAAAAAAAGAAUAAAAAAUCUUAGUAAGUCCCAAAGACAAGCUGUUGUUUGCUUUUUACUUUAUAAAAAAUAGACAUUUAUUUUCUAAAUGUUUGGAAGUUAAAAGUUCUGGAUUAACCUUCUGUCACUGUAAGGAUUUUUACAAUUAUUUUCUUUCUUAAGUUAACAAAGGAGCCUUAGCCAUGUCUGAACUUGUGAAAACUGUGUCUUAGAACAAAUGUUUUCUUUCAAAUCACAAAAAUGUGUCGUGGCUCUAGUUCAAGUUAGGUGUAAAAAGUACUGAAUGAAUUAGCCUGAAUCAAGAGUAAAGUUCUCAUUUGUAGAAGCGUGAUUCAGCUCCUUUAAUUGCUCUUUUACAUUCAUGUAAACCAUGGCUUUAUCCAAUUAUCUAUUAAAUAUUUAAAGUUUUAUCUUUUGUAAAGUGUUGCUACAGGCGGCUGUAAUGGCUGAAGGUAGCAAAACAUCUUAUAUAAUUUCAUCUCUAAAAUGACAAUAAAAAGAACACUGGUAUGUUCCCCACUUGUUAAUAAAGAUUAUAAAGCCUGAAGCCGGUUACAUUUUCAUGUUGUGGAGAUCAAAAUUAUGUUUUAUUAAUUACCACCCAAACACACUUGGUAAAAAUUUUCUGCUGUUUGAUGGUGGUAUUGCACUUUUGUUUUUCUAUACACAAGUGUUUAUGAAGUUAACCUCCUUUUGCUUCUUCAUGUUAAUACUACAGGUUUAACGGUACACUUAACAAUUUAAGUUGGGAAAGCAGAUUACUUUUUGGAUCACCAUUUGAUAUCGUAUCCCUGAAAGGAAAAAAUAAAUGCAAAACCCAGGUUUCUUUUCAGUUUAUAUAAUUUUGGGCUAAACUUCAUUAUUCAUACAGCUACAAAUCAUUAUCACCUACCAUUCUUGCAUUGGUUUGGUGUAGAGUGCUGUAGAUAGAGUGCUGUAGAUAGAGGCUUAACCAAACAUGGUGUCUUUUACUAGGCCUUUUCAGCUGUUGUAUUCUGCUAGUGAUGGCUUAGUUAAUUGCAAUUACCAAUUUGUGCCACUAGAUGGUGUUGCAUCUAUACAAAGCAAUUCCUUUACAUAAACAUUUUACACUUUCUUAAAUUGGUCUACCUUUGUGAAUGAAAGAGCAAACUAAAGGAACGUGAUUCAUACUGUAAUACUGGUACCUGGAGAGAUGUUUACAUAAUAGACAUUAUUACUACAUGUCAGUAUACUGAGAAUAAACAGGAUCCUGACCAACUUGUGACUGUGUAAGAAAAUAUACUACAAGUUCUUUUCUGUAUCAUUGACAAUCUAUAAAAUAUUGAUAGAGGUGUUUUUAACUUUGUAUUUAUUAGCCAGGAAGCUGCCUUCUCUGGGAAUUUGUCACAUAUGUUGUCUUCAGUGGAGGUCUGCUACUUUUUCUCAAAUACUAACAUUUAAAUGUGGUGCAUGUAUAACAUGUCAGUGUGUCUUGCUCAAAAAAUUUGUCAUAUUUGUUUGCAAACAUUAAAUCUGGUCUCAGAUGA